GGAGAGAGAAAGAAGAUGCAAAACAGCAGCAGAAUGUCUGGUGUUACCUCCGAUAAUCUAUCCUGUUCCCCUGAUAUGACUCAGAGGAAGACACUCCCACAAUUGUUGGGUACAAGACCCCGCAGGCAUAGACAGAGAUGCUCUUCGGAACUUCAACUGAAAGAGACCGUGAUUCAAUUUAUGAGGCAUCAUCAGAACCUUGGUGACCUACUCCUAGAGGUAAAUGGGUCGAUGAGUUUAUCUUGCCAUGGUAAAGUCAACUCUGAGGAUCAUGAUGCCAAUACUCCUGGUAGAAGUCCUUUUAUAGCCUCACUUCUACAAGAGCAGGCUUUGCAGAUGGACCUGUCUGUUGGACUUCUAUCUGCCAGAGCAGCCAUGGAGCAAGUUCAACAAAUUAUGCAACUUGGGGUUAUGCCUAAACGUGCUGUUAUAUUGGAUUCAGUUCAACGUAGUAUGCUUGCCUGUUUACUUCAGAAUAUGCAAGAACUGUUGUCCUCCAAUAUCCUCAGCCGACUGCAAUUCUGUGAGGAAAUUUGGAAAGCAAAGGAACUACUGACUCUAGAAAUUAUUUGGCAUUUGCACAAGAAGAACAUUGUGAGCCUUGAAGAGCUGGUAGUGAGUAACCCUGAUGCAACUGCUGUGAUAAUCUGGCUCUUCAAUGAUCUGUGCCUCCUUUGUUUGGGAACUGAAGAUGAUUGCCAACAUGAAGAUAUACAGAGGCAGAUAUUAUCAGAUAUUGUGACUGUGUUAGUAAGAAAUGGAUUUCAGGAAAUAAAUGUUGUGGGGUCAGAUCCUAAAGUGCAGCACUUUCCACAGAUCUGUUUUACAGUGUUGGACAGAAUGAUUCCAUGGUUACUGGAUAAUGUGUGGAACGAAAGGGAAAAAGAAGUUGCUGCUGGACAGAAAGCAGCUCAAUUCUGGCUGAGUAUGUUUGAUGUGGCGUCGUUCCAUGGUGCCAUCUCUCUGGAUUCACUAAAGAAGUUCUUCCACCAUGCACUAACACAGAUUCUCACCUACAAUCCUGUACUUGAAGCAUCUGAUGCCAUUCGCAUGCAGGGAGAAUGGUGCUUUGCUAAAACAGGGCCUCUUCUAAUAACGUUAUACAGAAAGCUGUUUGUACUAUUUAGCGCAGAGGAGCUGAUAACUCAUUUUCAGCAAGUUCUGGAGACCCAUGAGGUUAACUGGCAGAAUGUACUAUCCUGUGCUUCUACACUGUUGGUGUGCCAACCACAGACCCAACAGCAUUUGAAAGAACUGCUGGCUAGGUUGCUGAUUAAUUCCUUUGAGAAUUACGAGUUGGAGAGUAUCAUCACUGCUUUUCUCCUUGCACGCCAGGCUGCACUAGAAGGACCAGCUGUUUUCAUCAGCUAUUCUGAAUGGUUCAAGAACUCCUUUGGGUCUGCAAGCGGUUACCAUGGCAGUAGCAAGAAGUCUCUAAUUUUCCUACUGAAAUUCUUGACCGACCUGGUGCCAUUUGAAACUGCACAAUACCUGAAGGUUCAUAUCUUAUAUCCUCCAUAUGUGGCAUCAAAGUAUCGCAUUAUGCUUCUGGAAUAUAUCUCUCUGGCUAAAACUCGACUUUCAGAUCUGCAGGUGUCAAUUGAGGAGUUGGGUCUGUAUGAGGACCUAUCAACAGCUCAUGCUCCCCCUAAGCCCCAGUGUCAAGCCAUGCAGGAUGUUGAAAGAGCUAUUCUAAUAUUUGAAAACAGUGGAAAGAUCCCGGCCAGUGUAAUGGAAGCAAGCAUUUUCCGAAGGCCCUAUUACUUGACAAGGUUUUUGCCUGCUCUUCUUGCCCCUCGUGUGCUGCCUGUCUCCCAGGAUUCACGCAUGGUCUUUAUUGACUCUCUGAAAAAAGUGGAUAAAAUACCAGACAGUGUGUACUCGAGCUAUGUUCACGCGUGUGAAAGAGAGGAACAACUCCGGCUUGAAGGUGCUGCUAUGUCUGAGGAAAUGCAGCAUCCAGUGGAGCCGAUUGGAGUACUGACAACUGCUCUUGAAGAGCUGAGCAAAGUGGCUACUAAUCCAAGCAAUAGUGGCGUUGUUUCUGCUCAGAUCGCUGUAAUCUCUGGUCAGCUGAAAACUAUGAUAGACGAUGAUGAUUAUGGCGAUUGCGCUGCACUGGAUAAACCAAUCCAAUUAGACGCUGCCGUACAUAAAUUUGGUCCUCUGGAAUUAGAGGUCAGAGACCUUCUGUUGAAGAGUUUUUGUCAGACAUUUCUUAUAGCAACAAAUUUCAACGUGCCACAGAGACAAAGUGAAUGGGCCUCUCUGUUUGUGAAAAUGUUGUGUGGUCACAGGAGAUUUUUACAUGCAGUUCUUACACGAGUCCUGCAUCUGACCAGUCACCAGGGUUCUUCUCUUGCUGAUGUCCAUGUUUUAGGACUGGCUGCUUUCACAGUUCACCUACACAUCUUGCAAACCUCUCUGUCACUGGUGAACUUCAGUGUACAUUCAGCAGAGCCAGCCAGUAAAGAAGGAGUUUCCUUUGCUGAGUACCUAAACCAGUUCCUAACCUGUUGCACUGGAGAAUUUUCAAUAUUCUGUAUGAGGUUUUGUACAGCAGCAGUUACUUAUGCAGUCUGCUUAUCAACAUCAUCAUCAAUUGAUAUUAUAAAACAGUCUGUUCCUUCUGGGUUCGUGCAAAAGCUACAGUAUAUAAUUCCACGACUGAUUCCAGAGGCUCGGCAAGAACAGGGCGAAGUAGUGGAACCUACAUGGCAUAAUCUUGAAGGUCUUCAUAUAAAUUGGACCACUGCAGCUCUUUCAGUAUUUAAACACCGUACAUUUAAGGAACUUGUGAGGAUGAAAGGCCUCCAGCUAACGUUCCAUGAUUGGUUGAUGUCUGAACUGGCUGUCCAACCAGAUAACGAUCUGCUAUCUGACCUAGAAAGACAAGAUUAUCAGCAUUGGGCCUGUUACCAACUUUAUCUGCCAUCUCCCAUUUCUUCAGGAGGAUGUGGAGGGGAUUUAAUGACUGGUUGCAGGAUUAUUAUCAAUGCAUUAAUGGAUUUCUAUAAAAGAACUAAGGUGCAGUAUUGCAAAGAGUCUGACUGUUCAGAGCUUCCUUCACUCAGUAGAUCAUGCUAUGAAAGUAUUAUUUGUCGACUGCAGGAGAUGGUAUUUGAUCAGGAGAAAGUAUGGGCAAAGGCACAAGGUAAAAGUCCAUCACUCGAAACUGACCAUUUUCUCCUGGAUGUGUUUCAAGACAGACUGCCAAGGCUGGAAUUGUCAAACAUGAGCAAGGCGUUAGAGCACCAGACUGAAUUGCAAGUAUUUGUCAGAAUUCUAGUGGCACUACCUCCCAGUUUGUUGUUCAGAACUCACAAAGACAGACUAAAGACAACUUUGGAAUGUGAGGCGUUCUUUCACUUUACAAAUACAGAACUGAGGAACGACUACUCAAAGGAACUUGUGAUUCCCUUUGGCAUUACCUUCCACUUCUUCAGAGGUUUACUUAAUACUUGUGUCGAAUGUGAAGAACCAGAUUGUGUUGUUGCUGAAGUUCUGAACAAGGCCAGAGCACACUGUCCUUUGCUCUUCUUAUCCGCAACGUUUUGGUGGCUGAGACUCGAGCCAGUGCUGAUCACACAAUGGAAACAGUUUAGUGAUACUUCGCUUCCCAGAGAACUACAGAAGAUGGUAGACAACCAGUGCUGGGCCAACAGGUUACUUUCAGGGAAAAUGGAAAGUCCUCCAUCUGAUAGUCCCUGGAUUCUUGGUGCCUUUUUAUACUUUACUUUGCAAAGGAAGGUUGGGUUGACGAUCCUUCCGACAAUAAUGAGAGAGAUCUGUGCUGAAAAUGAGCUGGUUUCAGUGCUGUAUCUCAGUUUGAUGGAUUUGAUCUCGUCCCUAUUGCAACCGAAGAAGGAAUCCUCAGGUUUAACUGUUACACUAAAAACAUGUGCUGAUCUGAUCACGGUUUUGGAGGAGCAGAACAAAUCUUGGCUUAAUAUAUUUUUGGCAGCAAACAAGGAUCGUGGGCCACACCAGAUCCUGUACAGCAUGAUCUCUGACAUGGAAAUUAAACUUCUCCCUGUUGCCUUCUACAGCCUUAUUCCUGGUCUGGAUCCAAAGCUGCUUUCUUCCAUCAUCAAACAUGCAGAUUUCCUGUCAGUUGCCAUCAUUCUGUAUACUGCAAUGGUCAAUCACUUCCUUGAUGGAGAAGAUAUAAUCUUAGCCUCAGAUCAGUGUGAUUUACAAAGCUCCAAGCAGCCUGACCCUUUGGGAUUAAUAACACGAGGGCGUCAGUUCCUCCUUCGCACAAUUCCACAAUGUCCUGUUCAGAACAUUUCACAGAACAGGCUACAGGCUGCUUGUAAGGACAUUGAUCCAGAGCUGAAAGCUGCAAUUAAUCAUCAUCAUCAGCAGCCCUGCAAUAGUGAUGGACUGUACUCGGAACCAACUAUUCUAUAAAGAAUAAGACGGACACAAUUCAAAUUUAACAUGUUUGCAGUUUUACAAGAUUGCUCCUCAAGGUGUUGAAAAUGAGUAACCACUGGAUGGAUAUAUAUUUCAGCAUUCAUACAAAAACAAAAAGCUUUCCAUGUUUACUUGCCUGUGGCAAUCAAAAGGUUUCUGGACUAUAAAUGGAAUGAUCUUUAAAUUUGCAUUACUCGCCAAAAGCAUUGCAGAGUUUGAGCUUUAUUAAAAAGUGAAGUCAUGGUGAUAUUUUGAAAUAUGCAGAGAAUUGGUUCAAAGUACUUUAUGCAAUAACAUUAAAAAAGUAAUUGGAUGUUUUAUUAAACAUUGCCUCUCUAGAAUUCAGUGGGCAGUUCCAACAUUCCAGCCACAUUAUUCUUGUAAAACUAAAAUGUCAAUCUUGUUCCAGGAAUCAACUUUGUCAUCUAGUCUAUUGCAUAACUUGUGGUAACUAGCAGUAUAGUCUGCAGAACUGUCUUUAGGCGUUAUUUAAUGAACAGGAUCCGAUUUUUCUCUGAUCGUGAAAAUUUGAGAUGAAGGGACUGAUUUUGGAGUUUUUAUUUGGCUAUGAACUGAUUU